GGCAGCGGCGCAAUGCAUCCUGGGCCGCCGGGAAAUCCCCAACUCGUGCAUGUGGAUGCAAAGUGCCCGGGAGAGAGACUGGAGGGGAGAUCUCCGCGGAGGAAACAGCUAGAAUGGAGCCGAUGUUGGACCCCGGGCUGGAGCCACCCCUGAGCCAGGAGAGCUUCUCUGAUUGGUGGAGCAUGAUGCUGCAGCCCACCAAUGUGGAUCCCACAGCACCAGAGAACCAGGAGCUGUUUAGCCUCCCGGACCCGGACCUGGGCCUGGGCCUGUCUGACUCGGCGGACCCCUCCCUCCUGCUCCCGCAGGCUGGGGGGAGCGACGAGGGCUGGGAGCUCCCCGGGCCGGCCCCGGAGCCGCCUCCCACCUCUUCCACCGUCCCCUCCACCGAGGAUUACGCUGGGGAGCAUGGAUUCGAGCUGACCUUCCAGCAGUCGGGGACCGCCAAGUCCGUCACCUGCACCUACUCCCCGGAGCUGAACAAGCUCUUCUGCCAGCUGGCGAAGACCUGCCCCGUGCAGAUCAAGAUGGCCAGCCAGCCCCCGCCCGGUUCCAUCGUCCGGGCCACGGCCGUCUACAAGAAAUCGGAGCACGUGGCCGAGGUGGUGAGACGCUGCCCCCACCACGAGCGCUGCAUGGAGUACAGCGAUGGGGUCGCACCAGCCCGUCACCUGAUCCGGAUCGAGGGGAACCAGCAGGCACAUUACCACGACGAUGAAAACACCAAGCGCCAGAGUGUCACGGUGCCCUACGAGAUGCCCCAGGUGGGGUCCGACUGCACCACCGUGCUGUAUAACUUCAUGUGCAACAGUUCCUGCAUGGGGGGCAUGAACCGGCGCCCCAUCCUGGCCAUCAUCACUCUGGAGGGCAAGCACGGGCAGCUCCUGGGGCGCCGAUGUUUCGAGGUUCGAGUCUGCGCCUGCCCCGGACGGGACCGCAGGACAGAGGAGGAGAAUUUCCAAAAGAAAUUGACCGGCAGGGUCCUUAGCGGGGCCGGGACCCUCAAAGGGGCCAGAGCCAAGAGGGCUCUCCAGGCCAGCAUGGAAACAGCUGAGAACCCCAAGAAGCGGGUGGUGUCCCCCGAGAAAGAGGUCUUCCUCCUCGAGGUUCACGGGCGCAAACGAUACAUGAUGCUGAAGGAAAUCAAUGACGCCCUGGAGAUGGUGGCCGCCAAGCAGCAGGGGGAGUCGGAGAGUCACCGGAACCCCACACCCUCCAGGUUGCUGAAGACCCGGAAGGAGCCGGGGGACGGGCUGCUGCCUCGGAGCGGAAAGAGGCUGCUGGUGAAGGAGGAGGAUUCUGAAUAAUCCCCCCCUCCGGACCCUCCCCACCCUGUCCGGUCUUGCACUAAGCUAGUUUCCACUGCCAGCUUUUUACAAAGUCCCUCUCUCCCAAGGGGGGCAGGGUCAGCCUGACGGUCCCUUCCCCCGGCCCUCACUUCUCAGGACGGGGGCGGGGCGGGAAGAUUUGUUCCCAUCCUACUGAGGACCCUGGUCCCGUGACCCCGCCCCCUGGUCCCAUGACCCCGCCCCUGCGCUGCUCUGUGCCCCCGCCCCUGCCAGCAAACUUUUAUAUCAACUUUUUAUACAAUAAAUCCAACUCUUUCUUA